AUAUGGGAAAGCAGUACCACCAAAAGGAGUGAUGCUCAACCACCUCAUGAGAAAUCUGGAUGUUAGUGCACAUUCCUGGGGACAUCCAAUUGGAAAAGACACACCGACCCCUGAGAUCAGACUUUCAUCCACUUAAUACCUCUGUCUGCCUGAACUGUUAAAACCUGUCUCAGCUAACCACGAAUGGCUACUCAAAGGAAACAUUUGGUGAAAGAUUUCAAUCCUUACAUCACCUGCUAUAUUUGUAAAGGGUAUUUGAUCAAGCCAACCACGGUGACAGAAUGCCUCCAUACCUUCUGCAAGACUUGUAUUGUCCAGCACUUUGAAGAUAGCAAUGAUUGUCCAAGAUGUGGCAACCAAGUUCAUGAGACAAAUCCAUUAGAAAUGUUGAGGUUGGAUAAUACAUUAGAAGAAAUUAUAUUUAAGCUGGUUCCUGGACUACGAGAACAAGAACUUGAGCGUGAAUCUGAAUUUUGGAAGAAAAAUAAGCCUCAAGAAAAUGGACAAGAUGAUACUUCAAAAGUUGACAAGCCUAAAGUAGAUGAAGAAGGUGAUGAAAAUCAAGAUGAUAAAGACUAUCACCGAAGUGACCCACAAAUUGCUAUAUGUCUAGAUUGUUUACGUAAUAAUGGACAAUCAGGGGACAAUGUAGUAAAGGGUUUAAUGAAGAAAUUCAUCCGAUGUUCUACACGUGUAACUGUGGGAACUAUUAAAAAAUUUCUAAGUUUAAAGCUAAAACUUCCAAGUUCAUAUGAGUUGGAUGUGCUGUGCAAUGGUGAAAUUAUGGGGAAGGAUCAUACUAUGGAAUUCAUCUAUAUGACAAGAUGGCGACUAAGAGGCGAAAACUUUCGGUGUCUGAACUGCUCAGCUUCGCAAGUCUGCCCUCAGGAUGGCCCUUUGUAUCAGUCAUACCCCAUGGUGUUGCAGUACCGACCAAGGAUUGAUUUCGGUUAGGCCAAGGGGCCUGAUCCCACUGAGAGGAAUCCUGCACUCUUCGUUUACUCAUCGACAGAUUGCACAGUGAACAGUGUGUGGACUAGAGGGACACAACCACAUUUCCAGCAUGCAAAUAAGGCCACUGUCUGUCUCUAAAUUGUCAGUUGCAUCUAUGUUGUUUCUAUUAAGAGCAAACCAAGUGCCAUUCUGCUACUGAACUGUCUGCAUAAGGUAUCUGUGCUGUCUCACAGUGUGCAACCCAUAGUUGAAAUCAGUUAGGUGUG